AGCCCAAAGGAAUCCUGACAGCGCAGACUAAGUGAGCCCAGGAGAACAUUUGACACUCGUCUCCAAAUCAUCAGUUGACAGACUCUGCCUGCCUUGGAGCCUGCAACAAGCCUCUUCAGCACCCGCUCUUCACAGAAGUCCAGCUUCAUAUAUAUUUUUUGCAAUGCCAGAGAACAAGGAUUUCCGAUCCCUCGUCUUCUGCGUGAUGCUAGUUUCCUGUUUUGCUGUGAGGAUCAAGGAAAGGGGGCAGGAGGUCAUCUACCUUCCCAAAGGGGAGUCUGUCAAGCUGGGGUGCCCAUUUGCAUCAGACCCAGAAGAUGACACUCCGGACAAUGGCUGGGACAUUGAAUGGAAGCAAGUGAAGCCAGGCCCACAUCCCCAGGAUUACCCGCUCCUGAGUUACCACAAUAACCGUGUCAACUACCCUGGACCUCCUGAUCUCCAGCAGAGGGUGGGUUUCAUCUCUCCAGAUCCCAGCCUGUAUGAUGCCUCCAUGCAACUACGUGACUUGCAGAUCACUGACUCAGCCACAUACGAAUGCACAGUGAAGAAGACCACAGAAGCCAGCCACAAAGUGACCGUCACUGUACAAGAAAGACCCCUACUCCCCCAAUGCUCGAUCAUCGGUGACAUAGCCUAUGGGGCGGAUGUCACGCUGCGCUGCUUCACUUCCACGGGCUCGCCGCCCCUCACCUACCAGUGGUCCAUGACGCACGGGCAUCAAUUCAGGGACUGGAUGCCCCCCGGAGGAUCAAUGGGCUCUGUCCCUGGAGACCUCCACAUCAGGGAUUUGUGCGAAGACCACGUGGGUACCUACCAGUGCAGCGUGCGGAAUAACGUUGGCGUGGCCUAUUGCUCCGUGGACAUCUCCUUUGGCGGAGGUUACCGCAGCGGUUUGAUCAUCGCAGGAUCCGUCAUCAUCGCCCUCCUGGCCCUGGCCCUGAUCAUUGGGGGGAUCAUCUGGUGCUGUUCGUGCUGCUGCGGGAAAAGCUGGUGUAGCGGUUGCCCAGGUUGCUACUGCGGGAAGGAUUAUUGCUGGGACUGCUGUUGCUCUGGCUGCGCUCAGGAGCCGAAGCAGGAAUACCAGGAGACCAAAGCCAGCGAGAUCUGUGUGGAUGCCGAUGCUCCCCCAAGCAGACCGUGCAGCCAGGCAUUCAGUCGCGCAAGCAGCCUCCAUUCCUUGCUUGGGGGCUACCAGACGCGGACAUCCCAGUACACGCAGUGCCGCAAGUACGCGACCCCCAUCGUUCAGGUGAAGAUGACGUCUCCCCCCGACAGUGACGUGAGCGUCGUCCUGGCCCCCGAAAUCCCGUCUCCCCCCAGCUCGGAGCAAGGAGAUGUUUCUGAGCACUACUACCCCACUAAAGGGAAGGAUGUUUAUCCCGGAGCAAUCGACUCUGUUCCUGGAUACGUCAAGGGGGACAACUACAAAGGAUCCAGUCCGAGGCAUCAGAUCUACUCUGAGCCCCAAAAAUUCUCCACGCCCGCCUCGGAUCCCGGCUGCAUCCGCUGGCAGGAUGGAAACACCAGGCCCUACAAGGGCACCGUAGUCAUGAUGCGAUCAGCAAGCAAAGAAGGGCUCUUGAUAUGAGGCAGAUGCCGGGCGGAGGGGGUGGGGUGGGGCAGGGAAUGAUGACACACCACAUGCUGGGGAUAGAUAAUGCCGACUUCUCAUUCAGAGCUGGAGAUCAAACUCAUCAGCCGGCCUCCCAUCUUCAUGUUUGUCUACAAGUACCAGCCACUGUUGGGAUCUGUCUGUGUGCCACCGUCCUGUGUGGUGAAUCACAGAACUGCAGGUCGCAAGGUUCUCCAUCAAGGACCUUCUGGUACUGCUCUGACUCUGCCCACCCAGGCUAGCUAUUGGAUCCUUCAGGGCAGGAAGGAGUGCAAAGAUGCUUCCUGCCCCAGCUGAGCCUUGAGCAAUGAGGACCUCCUGAGCAUCCUUGGCUAUUCUUUGGCCUUGACUUCUGGCUUCCUCCUCCGUUUCCUGAUUUGACCUUUGGCCCUGACCUCUGGCUUUCUCCUUGACCCCCAUCUCCUGAUUUGACUUUUGGCCUUGACCUUUGGCUUGCUCUUUGACCCCCAUCUCCUGAUUUGACCUUUGGCCCUGACCUUUGGCUUGCUCUUUGACCCCGUCUCCUGAUUUGACCUUUGGCCCUGACCUCUGGCUUGCUCCUUGUCCCCGUCUUCUCAUUUCCCCUUCUUUGGUCUUGAUUAUUGGCUUGUCCUAUGACCUCUGGUUCCUGGCUUACCUUAGACACUUACCUACAGCCCAGCCCUGACAAUGUAUGGACUUCCACUCUGGCUGAAUAGGAAUGGGAAGGAGUAGCAGCUCCCCAUGAGAUAAACCUUCUCUCACCGUUAGAGUGAGAAGGAGGCCAAUGCACUUUAUUUUUAAGCCUUCAAAGUUUGUCUCUGCCUCAGCCCCAUUACUGGCACCAUUGGAAUUAUCCUAAUAUAUUGGCCUCCUUUCCAUAGGAAGGUAUGCAUCCUGAAAUUCAACCCAAAAAGGGUUUUGCCUCCACCAUUGUCACCUUCCCCUUCCUUAGACCCAACACCAAUCCAAAUUUGGGAGCAGGGAAGGCCGUGGCAGAGGGUUCCCCAGAGCUCCACCAGAGCGUUUUCUCUUGGAGGGUCUUUUCCCUGUUGGAAACAAUGCAAAUACCCCCCUUUUCUUGCUGGGGGUGAUGGGAAUGUGAAUGACAGAGGUGGGGAAUCUCUGACCCACGAGGCCGUUUCCUCCCCCCAAACUACCCCAUACCUACCCACUCCCAACAUCAUGAUGGCGUGAGACUGCCAUCACAUUGAAAUCUGUCUGCAAGCAUUUUGUAUUGAAUUCCCCUGCGAAGGGAUUUCAAAGUGAUGUCUCUCGGCGCCCAUCAGCUGAUAAGCGCUGAAAGGUCUCACUUUCUGAAGUCCAAUUCCAAGUUGUUUUUAUCCAAUGCAAAUGGACUCCAAAGCUGAGCCUUUUUCAAGUUGUCAGCCGACAUCAUCAUUAUUUCAGGUGAUUGGCAGGUGGCCAGCCCUUCCUAACUGUCAAAGUUGGCCCGCAAGGGUAGGAGAAAGGGGGGAUCUGGCCUGCAGACCACAUCUGGUACUUUUUCCCUGUUCUGAUGUCUCUGCCACUGAUACUAGUCUCCUCCUGAGUUCGAGUAGCGAGUCUUCAACUGAGGGAGCUCGCUUUUGCAAGCACCCCCAAAUCAAGCGCUCAAAACAUUAUUAGUUGUAAGUAUUAUGACAAGACGAUGUAUGAGGAAUGCUUUCAUCCCGCAAAAGCGCCAUACAAAUGCUGAGUAUUAUUAGAGUUAGGCUUGUUAUUUUAGCAGCUUUUUUUGUUUUUAUGAAUGAAUGCUUCUCAGAAAACAAGAGCACAAUAUGAAAUGAUAACAGUAUUAGUUAAACUACAGAAUGGCAUUUGUAACAAUCCUGUUUUCCUAAGCACACUUUCUACAGCAGUGGAAUACAAACUCUUCUAAUAGCCCGAUCCUCUUGCAUAUUUUCUCAAAAGCAAGUCCCACUCAGUUCAGUGGAGCUCGCUUUUGGAGAAAUCUUCAUAGAACAGUAUCCCAGCUGUGCAUAUGCCAUUCUAAAUCAGGGGCAAGGAACUGAUUUUUCAGGCUAAGGUCCGCAUUUCCUCCCAGACAACCUUCCGAGGGCCGUGUGACCGUAGUGGGUGGAGCCAGAGGCAACUGUGUGGAUUUGUGGGGGGGGGAGGGACAAAUGUAAAACAGUGGACUACUUUUUACACACACACUAAGCUCACUCACUUCUCUGUUAUCAGAGUUCAAAGUCACAUUCUGUCCUGCAAAAUCACUCAGGGAAGGGUGUGACCUGGGGAGAGUUUUGAGGGCCAGGCAGAGAGGCCUUGAGGGCCCCACCUGACCUCUGGGUCGGUGGUUUGCCAUCCCUUCUUUUCUAAAGGAUGGAGGUGGUUUCGCACGCAGAAAUAGACAGGGUCAAUUACAGUGGCAGGUGAAAAAUAAAAUAAAUAGCUCCACAGCUAAAUGUUACUCUUAAAUUUACUACGGCAGUUGUCUUUCUUGCCCUUGGAAUUCCAUUCACCAGGAACGGGUGACCAGUGUGGUGUAGGGGUUAAGAGCGGUAGACUCGUAAUCUGGUGAACCGGGUUCGCAUCCCGGCUCCUCCACAUGCAGCUGCUGGGUGACCUUGGGCUAGUCACACUUCUCUGAAGUCUUAUCAGCCUAACUCAUCUCACAGAGUGUUUGUUGUGGGGGAGGAAGGGAAAGGAGAAUGUUGGCUGCUUUGAGACUCCUUAGGGUAGUCAAAUCCAAACUCUUCCUCCUUCAUGCAUAGGUCCACUUGCAGUCCUCAGUCUAAUUUUAUGUGACCAUCAGUCUGAUUUUCAAAAGUCCUAUGCAAGGAAUAGCUUGAGACUUCUGGUAAGGAACAAUGUGCCCCUCCCCUGACGGCCUGGGGGGGAGGGGAGAAAGAGAGAGAGAGAAGGGGAUGUCAGAGGGAGAGAAAAAAUGGGGAGGGGAGAGAGGAUUUGACCCUGCCCACUGUUGGCUUUGGCUGCACCCACAGGAAAAGCGGCCCCAUCAAAUUACUCACGAGGGAAUGCGGUUCUUGACCAAAAAAAAAGUGUUGUCCUCUCUUGCCAUACAAGGAUUUCGAAGAGAUCACACCCUCUCCUUCGCAAGACAGACCACAUGAGCAAAUGUUUCUGUUUGUAAAUUGUCAUGUUUGGAAACCAUUUUGCCAUUUUAAAAUGCUUUUGAGAAUGAAUGUUCUUUUUUUAUUUUAAGAAGCCCUUUUCAGUUCAAGAUGCAGGAUUUUUGUAACUGUAUACUUGAGUAUCAUCAUUAUCCUUCUGUGUGUAUGUGUGUGUGUAUAUGUUUUUAAAAAUGUGUACUGUAUAUGGUUAGUUCCCUUCAAUUAAAUGUAAUAAGGAUUGUUAAUUUCUUCUGAGAUAUUUCCCUGAAGGAGGGCUGUAUAGCCUAAAAAAUGCACUAGGCUCCUGAAUAUUUUUGUGGUUCAAUAAAUCAUCUGCCUUUAAUUAAUGCUUCAA